AUGUCUGCAUCGAAGUACCUGAAUCAGGACUACGAGGUCCUCCGGCGUCAGUGUCUGAAGGGAGGGAAGCUAUUCUGCGAUCCUUAUUUCCCGGCAGCACCCGAGUCUCUGGGCUGUAAUAAACUCGGACCCAAUUCAGCCAAGGUCAAGGGGUUGGAAUGGAAAAGACCUGGAGAGUUAUGUCGCAAACCAAAGUUCAUCACUGAGGGAGCCACACGUACUGAUGUCUGUCAAGGAAAACUUGGUGACUGCUGGUUGAUGGCGUCUAUUGCUGCCCUCACUCUGGACCAAGACAUUCUCGCUCGUGUGAUUUAUCCUGAGCAGAACUUUAAGGAUAAUUAUGCUGGCAUCUUUCACUUUCGGCUGUGGCAGUACGGCGAGUGGGUAGACGUCGUUGUUGAUGACAGGCUUCCCACCACUCAAGGAAAGCUGCUGUUUGUAAAAUCAGAAGAACAAACUGAAUUUUGGAGUCCACUCCUGGAGAAGGCUUUUGCUAAGGUAAACGGUUGCUAUGAGAAUCUCAUUGGAGGUGUUGCCAGUGAAGCCAAUGAGGAUUUCACAGGAGGAAUUGCAGAGCGCUACACUCUGAGCGAAGCCCCGCCGAACCUGUUUAACAUCAUGGAGAAAGCUCUGAGCCGGGGUUCUCUGCUCAGCACCUCCAUUUCUGCCAGCGAUGACAGAAAAGAAGAACAGACCACAGAUCAUCUGGUGAAAACGCAUACCUACUCCGUCAUGGCAGCCCAGAAGGUGCAAGUUAAGAAGAGUGAUACUAAAGAGGUGGAAUUGGUUCGUCUCAGAAAUCCCUGGGGCCAGGUGGAGUGGAACGGUGCCUGGAGUGACAGCUCCAAAGAGUGGGAACAAGUCUCACCAAAGGAUAAGGCCAAGCUUAAUUACUCAGCUGAUGAUGGAGAGUUCUGGAUGGCAUAUGUAGACUACAUUCAGCGUUAUUCAAAGCUAGAGAUUUGUAACUUGACUCCAGAUUCUCCAAGCAAUGACAGUCUGAGAUGUUGGAACUCUUGCCAAUUUGAGGGCUCAUGGAAAAAAGGGACCUCUGCUGGUGGCUGCCUGAACUACCCAGCUACAUUCAGCACAAACCCACAGUUUCAGGUGAAACUGGAUAUCGACAGUGAGGGCGAUAACAAAUGUUCAGUACUUGUGGCACUGAUGCAGAAAGGUGCACGCCAAGCCAAACAAGAAGGAGUCAAAAACUACAGCAUUGGCUUCUACAUCUACAAGGUUCCAGAUGAGUAUAAAGGAAAGCAGCACGUCCCCCUUGGACCUGAUGAUCUGCAGAAUCCAGCAGCUCAGAGCUAUUUCGUGGCAAAGCGGGAGGUGUGUCAACGCUUUGACCUUCCGCUUGCUGAAUACGUCAUCAUUCCUGCCACUUUCAAACCGAAUCAAGAGGCCGACUUCCUCUUGCGGGUGUUUUCUGAGAAAUAG